AUGUCUACGUUCUCGGCAGCUGUUACUGCAGCUGCUUUAUCUUCGUUGACAGUUUUUACUCCAGCAGUUGUACCACCAGCUAUUGCAUCCGCCGCGGUAAGACCAGCAAAUAUCAAAGGAAUAUAUGAUGAUAUAAGCUAUGCAUCUUGUGAUGAACUUCUUAUGUAUGGAAUAAAUUAUCCCCAUCUUUAUUUUUUGACAAUUAAUGGAACUAGGUUUGACACAAUUUGCUUUGAUAAAGGUGUUCAUUUUAUCCCUCUGCUUGGAAUGAAUAACGGAUCACUGAAUGCUUCAACUGAAAGAUCAUUGGAGAGAAGUACAAAUGAAGCCAGAUUUUAUAGAUUAAACAAACAGUCUGCUUGGAGACCCAAAUCUACAGAUACAAUUCCUUGGAUUACAGCUACAUUUUCCUCAGAAUGUUUAUUGAGUGCUGUUUCAGUCAAGGGUUUUGUGGGAACUAAAAGUUACUGGUGUCCACUGUUGGAUAUUGGAUAUGAUGAUAUUUUGAGCACUAAAAAACCUUCCCCAUAUAUAUCACUUGGUCAGUUUCUCGGAAAUAAUGAUAGUUCUACUGUGGUAACCCAUUAUUUCAAUCCACCCUUGGUUGCAAAGAGUUUACAUAUAGGUGUGAAGAAUUCUGAACAUGAUCCCGAUGAUUUUGGGCUCCGUUUCGAAAUUUAUGGUGAAUCAUAUGGUUCUUUUGUUCAUUCAGAUAGAUACAUAGGUUGUUAUGGUGUAGUUGAAAACUAUGUGCUAGAUAACCACAUGGUCAAUGCCGACAACUGUAGAGAAGAUUGCUCUGGUAACCCAUUUUAUGGCAUCGCUCAAGACGAAUUAAAUGUUGAGACUUGUUAUUGUCUAAAUCAGUUGGGAAAAUAUGGUUUAUUACAUGAUGAUCUGUGUCAGAUAUGUAUCGAAUGCAAUUAUAGUGUUGGCAGUUUCCCUCAACAUUCCAUUGCUGUCUAUCGUACUUAUGACAAAGAAUGUACCACUGAUAUACCUAUGGUGGGUAACACAACUACCACAAUAAUACCUGGAUAUAACCAUGUAGACGUCUACGGUUUUGGUACUGUUAUUACUUUUGAGUGUGAGGUUGGACAUGAAUUCUCCGAUGGUGAAACCAGUAAAAAUAUGUAUUGUUACAAUAACAAUACAUGGAAUCCACAGUUAGAUUCCUGUCAGUUGAAGAUGUGUGAAGAACCAGUAGCUCUGACCAAUGGGAUGGUCGAAGGAAGCCGCUUCUACUUUAACGUUACCAUAAAAUAUGUAUGUAAACCAGGCUAUGUAUUUUCUACUGGAGCAGAGUUCUAUUUAGCAGUUUGUCAAAGUGAUAAAACAUGGUCCAGUACACCUACAGCAGUCUGUAAAAGGUUAAAAUGCUCGUCUCCACCAGUAGUAGUUAAUGCAGAAAAUGUACCAGAUGUUAACUACUUUGAAGAUGUAAUUACCUAUACUUGUAAAGAGUAUACCAGAUUUCCCGAUAAUACAACAGAAAGCAACAGUCAGUGUACAGCAGACGGAUCAUGGACGUCCAUAGAAACUUGUUCUUUUUAUACCUGUCCACCACCUCCCAUUAUGAAAGGAGCUUUCAGAACAUUUGAUAAUGAUGAGAAAGUUGUCUACAUUUGCUAUGGAAAUCAUUUUUUCUCUGAUGGGAGUACUAACAAAAGUGUGACAUGUAAUGAAGAAUUUCAGUGGUUGAUUGAUGACACAUGUACCAUUCCAGUGGAAUUGUUUUCACCAAAGCACUCUUUCUGCCAAAGCCGGAAUGGUGUAAGAAGAAUAGCUAACAAUAUGAUUACACUGACAGUUAGAAGUCGCAUGGAUUGUGCAUUAAAAUGUGCAUUUAAUGAUCUCUGUUUGUCAUAUAACCUGAAAAAGGAGGACAGUAAAUUUUGUGAAAUACUCCUCAGUCCACUUGAAGAUAUCAUGAAUAAACUUGAGAACAUACUGACUGAGUUAAAUCUUCACCAAUUAUAUCCCAAUUUUGAAAAGGAAAGGAAUACGGGAUUCCAUAAAAAAGAAGAUUAUACUUGCGAUUGUAAAAUAAUAUACUGA